AUGGAUGAUAUUCUGCAUACAAACGUUGAGUCAGCACACGAUGGAAGCACCCCACGCGCCUCGCAGCGCAAUUCACCAGAACCUGCACUAGGACCGCAGGAUUCUGCAUCGCAAGUUGGAGGACCAGCAUCCCCAACCCCAUCACUCUUACCCGCCUAUGUUCCCCCCAUCUGGGAAUUCGACGGACACCAGUUCGAGCAUCUAGAAGAUGCGCUCAGACAGUCCGCUCCCGGAGAAGUCCCGGAUCACAUCCGCAAAUGGGUUAUUGUGGCGAUGAAGCUCACGGUCAGUACCGAAGUCGCCAAGGUCUACAAUGUGCUCAGAAACAAAAUGUACGAGCACAAGAAAGCCUUCGAGUCGCUGAUCCAAAACAACAAGAGCGAACACCGACUCAAGGAGGGAAUGCUUCAGACGGAGAUUGGGAAGCUCAAGGAUAGGAUCCUUGCGCAAGAUGUGCAUAUGACAGUUUUGAACAACGAGCUCACGGGAACCCAGGCGGCAAUGCUCGACACAGGCAAAGAAAUGAUGGAAAUCAAGGCAGCUAACAUUAAGCUGCGGCACGAGCUAGCUUCGCUCAAAGCAAGCGCGGCUCUGGAGGACUGGCUCCAACAACUCGGUAUAUGGAUGCGGUGGAACGAGAUCAACGACGAUGAACACAAGAUUACCACGGCCUUACUGCACUUGGAAGGUGGCGCGUUCACAUACAUGUCCGAAUAUGCGACCAAAGCAGCAGCACGGCAGGCACUUGGCACAUGGGAAGACUUCGUCAACAUUCUCAAAGUGAACUACAGGACCCUCGACCUGGAUAAGGAUGCGCAGCAGCAUUUGAAGGAUAUCUGCAGUAAGACAUAUCCCACAAUGGUAUCUUUCACAGAACAGUUCCAGCAAUGGGCCACUAAGACCAACUUAGGGCACACUGCACUCAUCGGUUACAUCGCUGAACACCGAAGCAAGGACGUACGCCAGGCAAUGGUCACACGAGACAGCCUAGGAAUUUCCGACCCCAUCACAUGGCCGGAAUACCUCGACCUGUGCCUUCAACUGGGGUCCAAGUUCAGAGCCGACAAAGCAGGACAACGUGGAACGGUUACAACAUCAUCAUCAUCGGCACCAUGGGCCCUGAAAGACCCCAAUGCAAUGGUCGUGGAUCGAGUAUCCACCCUCACUAAGGAACAAGAAGGAUGGCUGGAGAAGAAGCUGUGUGUAUGA